AUGCUAUUACGACUACCCAAAAAUCUCCACUAUCCCCUCACAAUCACAAAAGUCGAAAAGCGGGUUGGCGAGAAUGUCGCCCGCAACGAUGACUUGUUCCUGUACUCCUACACCACAAAAGUAAAGGAAGGCAGUCGUUACGAUGAGGAAGAAAGAGAAGUGAAUCGGAAGUUUGUUACGCACUUCCCGAGCACCCUCGAAGGUACCAUCAAGGCAUGGAGGGUGUGGGAAGGGGACGUCCUGACCCAUCCUGUCGAUGUAUGUGAAAUCGAAGAGGAGUGCCCCCACACUGUUCAGUUCCUCGGGAUGUGCACCAACUGUGGAAAAGACAUGACAACUGUGCAAGCAGGAAGUGAAACCACCGAUGCAGAUCGCGCUCCUAUUCGCAUGGCCCACGAUACACCUCACCUGACCAUCAGCAAGGAGGAAGCAAGCAGGAUAGACGAAGAAGCGAAACGUCGCCUCCUCUCCUCACGCAAACUCUCGUUAGUGGUCGAUCUCGAUCAAACAAUCAUUCAUGCUGCAGUAGAUCCCACGAUAGCGGAAUGGCAAAAAGACAAGGACAAUCCCAACUACGAAGCUGUCAAGGACGUCCGGGCUUUUCAAUUGAUUGACGACGGUCCAGGCAUGAGAGGGUGCUGGUACUACAUCAAACUUCGGCCGGGGCUCGCCGAGUUCCUCGAUCACAUAUCAAAACUCUACGAACUUCACAUCUACACCAUGGGCACCCGUCAAUAUGCCCAGCAGAUUGCCAAUAUCGUUGACCCAGACCGCAAAUUCUUCGGUGAGAGGAUCCUCAGUCGAGACGAAAGCGGCAGCAUGAUCGCCAAGAAUCUGGAGAGGCUGUUUCCUGUCGAUACCAAGAUGGUGGUCAUCAUUGAUGACAGGGGCGACGUAUGGAAAUGGAGUGCCAAUCUGAUCCGUGUCACUCCCUUUGACUUCUUUGUCGGCAUCGGCGACAUCAACUCAAGUUUCUUACCCAAAAAACAGGAAAUCCAAACAACACCAAAAUCCGAACCCAGCGGGCCGGUGGAGAAUAUAAAUUUCACAGAAAACGGCGAGAACGGUGAGCAGGAGUCCAACGGCUUCGCCGAAGAUGGGACAUCAACCAUACAAAAUGGCACGUCGGCACUGGAACAGCUAAUGGCUAUGAGUGGCGGGGAUGAUCCCGCAGUCCGAGAAAUGCAGACUAAAGGCCAAGAAGAAAUCCUUGCGUUGCAAUUGGAGGGGAAACCGCUUCUCAAGAUGCAGCUGCAGCAGGACGAAAAGGACGAAGCUGAAGCGGCUGCUAAUGGCGAGGUAGUCGCAUCUCAGUCUACGGAAUCUGACUCAAGCGACUCCUCGGAUUCUUCCGAAUCAAACUCUUCGGGUCCAGCAAAACACAAAGCGCGCCACAGCAUCCUGAAAAAUGAUGACGAAGAGUUGAUUCAUCUUGAGGCGACCCUGACAGCUGUGCAUACCGCAUUUUUUGCCGAGUACGACCGAAAGCGGAUGGGAGGCAAGGGCGGUCGUGUCGCAGAAUUGACUGGCAAGCGUAAGGCGCCUCUGCCUUCUCAAGACGAUAACGACGGGCAGUCAGUGGAGCUGAUGUUCGUACCUGAUAUCAAGAAGGUUAUGCCAGCCAUGAAAUUGAGGGUGUUAUCCGGGGUCAGAAUAGUGUUUAGUGGCGUGCUACCACUGGGGACUGACAUCCAAAAUGCCGACAUUAGUACUUGGGCCAAAACCUUUGGCGCCACCAUCACAGACAAGGUAACCCGAGAUGUCACCCAUGUCAUUGCGGCGCGGCCCGGCACUGCCAAGGUCAAGCAGGCUGUGAAACGUGGUAUCAAGGUCGUCAGUACGUCUUGGUUAAUUGAAUCUAUGCAACGAUGGCGUAGAUUGGACGAGCGGCCAUAUUUACUUGAAGGCGUCGGGAAGCAGAAGCAGGAGACGUCGAGCGAGCUUGGUGACAACCUGGAAAAGUCAAGCGUCCCGCCGAAUGAUCUACUUCUUAGUUCAUCCGAAGGAGAGACGACCGGCUUAGAUACUGAAGACGACCAGCCCGCGCGGAAGAGGCUGAAGUUGGAUACCAUCAAAGAUGAGAGUACUUCAGCAGAAGCAUUUGAGGAUUUUGUUGAUGAUGGCAGCCCCAUAACCAUCAACCAAGACGAAUGGGCAGACAUCGAUGCCGAGCUGAAAGAGUUCAUGGGCAGCGAUGCUGAGAGCGAGAGCGACAAUGACUCGGUCAGCUCCGCCUUGAGCUUGCGGGAACGGCGAGGAGCAAAAAGGAGGAGAGGAGACGACAGGGAUGCCGACUUGUCAGCUGGCGACUUGGACACAUCUUCGACAGCAAAGAGGAACAGCACGGGGAGCGCUCUGAAGAGGGUCUCCAAUGUUGACAGCGAAGGCGACUCAGAAGCCACCCCUGAAAACUUGAUCAGCCAGGAACAACGAGAGGUGGAAGAGGCGCAAGAACGCGAGGAAGACGAAGAAGAAGAUUCGGAUGAUGAACUAGCCCGCGAGUUGGAGCGAGAGCUAGAGGAGGCCGACGCUGAGGAAGAAAGACAGCGAGAAACAAGCUGGAGACCUUGA